GUUCCCGAGAAGCAGCUCCAAGAACAAAAUAAAUAGUCAGGGUCGGCUCGCCGGCUCGGAGCCGCCAUGGCGGCGUCGCUACUGCGCCGGGACAAGAGGAGUGCGGCCGCCUCGCUGAAGGCCGAGUGCUGUGGGCAGGAUGGCAGGGGCGCGCAGCUGCUUGGUGAGCUGCUGGAUAGCGUGCUGAGCCCGGAGAGAGCGGUGGCCGAGGCCGAGGUGAUCGAGUGGUGCAAGUGCCUGAUGGCCGGUGGCGAGAGCUUCGAUGAUUUCUGUAAAAUGGUGCGCGGCUAUGACAACGCGACCCUGUGCGGCUUGGUGUGGACCGCUAACUUCGUGGCCUACCGCUGCAGGACGUGCGGGAUCUCGCCGUGCAUGUCCCUCUGCGCCGAGUGCUUCAACGCCGGAGAGCACACGGGGCACGAUUUCAACAUGUUUCGGAGCCAGGCGGGCGGGGCCUGUGACUGCGGGGAUAGCAGUGUGAUGCGGGACAGUGGGUUUUGUAAAAGGCAUCGAUCUGCAACAAGUUCAAAUAUUCCUUCUGUUCCUAAUGAACUGAUGAUGAUGUCUGAACGUAUACUCCCUCGAGUUAUCCUUCGUCUUAUUCAGCAUUUACGGGAUGGCUAUAGUGAACCAGUUUCUGAUCCAGCAACUGAGAGAGAUCUUCAGAAAACACUCCAACAGAUGGAACCCCUGAUUUCUCUUCUUGAAGAUCUGACCAAGAUGGGAGGGGCAAUGCGAUCCAUCUUGACAAGAGUUCUUACUAAUCAUCAGAUAUACAAAGACCUUAGUUCUGGUGACCAUUGCACUGGAGAAAAGACAUAUGCGAAGAAAAAUUACGAAAAGUAUUUGGCAGCAUUAAAAGGCUCUGGUCUAGUUUCUUCUGAGGAACGCUCUGUGACAUCUGUGCUAGAUCAAAUGGCAGGAGCAAGUAAUGUUACUAUUUUGGGUGCAACAGCAGGAACAGGACAGAUGGACUCGUCUGAUGAGGAGGAGCAGGAUGGAAGUCAAGGUAUUGGCAAACGGAAGAGGGUUAAACUCUCCAACAGCACCAAAGAUUCAUCCAUCAUGGAUAUUUUGAAACAUAAAUGCUUUCUAGAAGAGAUAUUGUUUUGGACUGUCAAAUAUGAGUUUCCACAAAAAAUGGUAACCUUUCUACUAAACAUGCUGCCUGAUCAGAACUAUAAGAUAGCUUUUACUAAAACAUUCGUUCAACAUUAUGCCUUCAUUAUGAAAACUCUGAUUAAGAGCCAUGAAUCAGACACUAUGUCCAAUAGAAUUGUUCAUAUUAGUGUUCAGUUAUUUAGCAAUGAAGAGUUGGCACGGCAGGUGACGGAAGAGUGUCAGCUGCUGGAAAUAAUGGUCACUGUGUUACUUUAUAUGAUGGAAAGUUGCCUUAUCAAGAGUGAGUUGCAAGAUGAAGAAAACAAUUUUCACGUUGUUGUAAACUGUGGUGAACCACUCCUAAAGAACAACACUUAUUGGCCUUUGGUUAGUGAUUUUAUAAAUAUCCUUUCACACCAAAGUGUGGCAAAACGUUUCUUGGAAGAUCAGGGUCUUCUUCAGAUGUGGAUGAAUUUUGUUUCCUUCUUUCAAGGAAUGAAUUUAAACAAACGGGAGUUAAAUGAGCAUGUAGAAUUUGAGUCGCAAACAUACUAUGCGGCAUUUGCAGCAGAAUUAGAAGCCUGUGCACAGCCAAUGUGGGGACUUUUAACGCAUUGUAAAAUUAAGGAGACACAGGAAUACACCAGAACAGUGGUCAGAUACUGUCUGGACGCAUUGCAGGAUUGGUUUGAUGCCAUCAAUUUUGUUGAUGAGCCUGCUCCUAACCAGGUUACAUUUCACUUGCCUCUUCAUCGCUACUAUGCUAUGUUUCUGAGCAAGGCUAUUAGAUGUCAGCAAUUGGAUCUUGAUUCUCUUCUGCCAGAUCAAGAGAUGCUAAUGAAAAUGAUGGUUCAUCCGCUUCAAAUUCAGGCCAGCCUGUCAGAGAUACACAGCAACAUGUGGGUUAGAAAUGGUCUGCAGAUUAAAGGGCAGGCAAUGACUUACGUGCAGUCCCACUUCUGCAACUCUAUGAUUGAUCCAGAUAUCUUCCUUCUGCAGAUUUGUGCUUCUAGACUGGACCCAGAUUAUUUUGUUUCAUCUGUUUUUGAAAGAUUUAAAGUGGUGGAUUUAUUGACAAUGGCAUCACAGCAUCAAAAUGCAGCACUUGAUACAGAACAUGAAAGGUCUAUGCUUGAGGGAGCUUUAACUUUCCUGGUAAUUUUGCUGAGUCUACGCAUUCAUUUAGGGAUGACAGAUGAUGAAAUCCUGAGGGCAGAAAUGGUAGCUCAGCUCUGCAUGAGUGACAGAACACACAGCACAUUAUUAGACUUAAUCCCUGAAAACCCCAACCCAAAGAGUGGGAUUAUUCCAGGUAGCUACUAUUUCGAAACCAUGCUUUCUGCUGUAGCUGAUUUUAAAGCACCGGUCUUCGAGCCGGGAGGUUCCAUGCAGCAGGGGAUGUACACACCUAAAGCUGAUAUUUGGAAUCAAGAGUUUGACCCUAUUAUGGUGAUUCUAAGAACCGUAUAUCGCAGAGAUGUUCAGUCUGCAAUGGAUAGAUACAUGGGAUUCCUAAAGCAGACUGGAAAAUUCUGUGGUAACCCAUGGCCACCGUAUCGUGAGAGGGCACCUUUAAAUCCCAGUUACAAAGGUCUAAUGCGAAUAUUGCACUGUAAAACUUUGCACAUUGUGCUAUUUACUCUUCUUUACAAGAUAUCGAUGGAUCACCAGAAUAUGUCUGAACAUAUACUAUGUAUGGCAUUAUACUUGAUCGAACUGGGUCUAGACAACUUACCAGAAGAUACAGUUGAGGAAGAGGAAAUGCUUGGUGAAGAGCGAUGUUCUGAUAGUUGGUUUCAUGGAACCAACAUAGCAACAAAUCUGCAUCAUAUCAUUAACUACGUGCGAGUCAGACUUCCAGAGACGGCACCUGAAGUGACCAGGGAACUACCUGCCAGUACUAGCUCCGAUGCCUCUUCUUUUGUACAGGGGUCAAGAAGGGCAACUACUCUCAACAGAGAGAGUUCAAAUACAGCUCAGGUCUUCAGUUUAGUUGCAGAACGUAGACGUAAGUUUCAGGAGAUUAUAAAUCGCAACAGUGGCAAUGCUAUUCAGACUGCAGCCGUUAGACCAAAGACAUCAAAGUGGACUGCUCCUAAUACAACUCCACAACUUACCACAACCAUUUUGGAAGUCCGAGAAAGUAUGCUUUCUCUCCUUAUCAAGCUCCAUCAUAAACUCUCAGGAAAACAAAACUCCUACUAUCCAUUCUGGUUAGAAGAUUCAGAGUCUACAUCCAGGUUGGACCCAAUGCAACAAAUCCAUGGUGAUGGGAUAACAGCAGUAGAAAGAAUUUUAAUAAAAACUGCAGCACGGAGUCGGCAAAACAAGUGUAGCAUUGAGGAGAUCUGCCGGAAGGUGGCACCGCCUGUACCUCCUAAGAAGAGCAGUUCAGCAGAUAAGAAAGCUUUGGAUAAAGAAGAAAGACGUCAGAAAGCCAGAGAGAGACAACAGAAGUUGCUUGCAGAAUUUGCUUCAAGACAAAAAAGUUUCAUGGAAACAGCAAUGGAUCUUGAAUCACCUGACAGUGAUGUUGCCAUGGAUAUAGGAUCAUCUGAACAACAGGAUACAGAAACUGUAUAUGACUGUGUAAUUUGUGGACAAAGUGGCCCAUCAACGGAGGAGAGACCGACUGGAUUAGUGGUUUUGUUGCAGGCUUCAUCAGUUCUUGGGCACCGUCGUAGAAGCACUGAACCAAAGAAAUUGCCAACCAGUGAUGAAGAGCAGAUUUACCCUGAGGAUACCUGUGGAACUGUGCAUGAUGUUAGGAUCACAGAUUUGCAGCAAAACUUUAAAGAUAGUUCUUGCCUGCAGUCAGUCUCCAUAGGUUGGGAAGGUGGUGUGUAUGUUCAGACCUGCGGACACACUUUACAUAUUGACUGUCAUAAGUCUUACAUGGAAUCAUUGCGGAAGGACCAGGUGCUGCAGAGUUUCUCAGUGGAUAAAGGAGAGUUUACAUGCCCCCUCUGUAGACAAUUCGCCAACAGUGUUCUUCCUUGUUAUCCUGAAAAGAAUGAGGAAAAGAGUAUUUGGUCACCUUACAGCAACAAGAACCUGAUGACUCUCAUCAAGGAAGUGGAAGAACAACAGGAACAGUUGGGAAUGUUCCCAGUAAGCAUUAGUUCAAUAACGAACUUGAGCAAGGAGAUGGAGUCUGUGAUGAAGGACAUCAGGAGUACAACCCAAAAGAAAUACAUAGAUUAUGGGAAGACUCCUGGCUCUCCAGACAAUGACUUUCUCUUCAUGUAUUCAGUAGCUAGGCUGAAUUUGGAGCUUGAAUUGGUUCAUCGUGGAGGAAACUUGUGUUUAGGAGGAGCAAGUGCUACUACAAAAAGAUCCUGCUUAAAUCAGUUGUUGCAUGUGCUAGCAAUGCACAUGCGUCUAUUUAGAAUUGAUUCUGCUUAUAAUCCCUGGACACGACUUACACGGCUCACACAGGUUAUUGAUUUAGGAAUAUGUGAUGAUGAGAAACCAGAGGUGCCAUUAUUGUACCGGGAUGUUUCAUCUCUCCUGCUCAUUCUUGUUUUAACAAUGCCACAAGAAUUACACAAAGAACAUUUUACCUGCAUUGUGAAAGUGUUGUACAAUUUAUUAUACACACAAGCUAUUGCAACACUUUCAGUUAGAUUCAGCAAAGAGGAAAGAACAGCUUGGAAGAAUCCUAGGAAACUCAAGACCAUGUGUAAUUCAGAUAAAUCCUGGGAAGUAUUACUUAGCCACAUAAUCUGUGAACUGUCAAAAGGAAAUCUCUACCGUGCAAGUGACACAGAUCAAGUAUCGAUGCUUAGUACCAGUGCCUGGUCUCCUCAGUCCAUUGAAUAUAGUAUCCAGCAGUUCUGUCUGCCUUUCCUCAGGACUACAAGCCUUCUUCAACACCACCUGUUUGGUGAUGAUCUUCCCAGUUGUCAGCGAACAGAAGAGGAAUUUGGGAUGCUUGCCAGCUACCUUGGGUUACUGCCGCCUUCUCUUCAGUCAAGUGAUGAGGUCAAUAGUUCCUCCUGCCUUGAAUGGCCAAUAGCAGCUCUAGAUAUUAUAUCUCAGUGGUGCUUGGAAGUAACGACUUCUGCAGAGAGUCACUCAGAACAAGUAAUGAGUCUACUUGUUCAGGAUCCACAGUGGUCUUUACCAUGUCUUCUUCAGCUACCGGAGAAUUACAAUACCAUCUUUCAGUACUAUCAUCGUAAAGCCUGUGUUCACUGUUCAAAGGUGCCUAAGGAUCCAGCUCUUUGUCUAGUGUGUGGUACAUUCGUAUGCCUCAAAGGUCAAUGCUGUAAACAGCAAAGCUAUUGUGAAUGUGUACUGCAUUCCCAGAACUGUGGUGCAGGAACCGGAAUAUUCCUUCUGAUUAAUGCCUCCGUAAUCAUCGUCAUACGCGGGCACCGGUUUUGCCUGUGGGGAUCUGUCUACCUUGAUACUCAUGGUGAAGAGGACAAAGAUCUAAGACGUGGCAAACCACUGUACCUGUGCAACGAACGCUAUAAAGUUUUGGAGCAUCAAUGGGUGACACACACCUUUGAUCACAUCAAUAAAAGAUGGGGGCCACAUUACAAUGGAUUAUAGCUGACUUACACAUCUUUCCUGAAACAUGGUCAUCAAGAAGCUUUAGUUCAUACAAAUGUUAUGGAGUUUAUUUUUAAAAGUAGCCAUUUUAUUAAAAAACAAUCCACAAAAUCUUUAUUCUGCAUAUGCAAAGGUGCUAUUAAUAUCACUUUUAUGGCAGUGUGAAAAAUCCCAGCAAACCUAAAAGCCUGUGUCUAGAAGUGGGCUAAAAUAUCUUCUAUAAAGUAAAGAGCCUAUUAUUUAUUAGUCAUAUUGAAGCAAUUGUAGCAAUGUAUGAGUACAAAAAAGCACAAUUUGAAUUCAUAUGUGUCCCUCAUUAAAAUUGAUGUAAUGUUUAUAGUCUUUGGCCAAGACAGAUGCAGUGUGUCAUCUUUGAAGGGUUGGUUGCUGAUUCUCUUUCCUUAGUAAGAGUACUCAUCUGUAGGAGGGUAAAACCUGAUCAUAUACACUUUAUAACGGUACACUAUUUAGAAAAAUCUUUAUUUGAAGCCUGUUGCAUCUGUUAUGACAUUUUUUCUGAUAAGUCUGUGCUGAGUUUUUCCUUAGUUUUGAGAGGCUUUGAUUUAUAACUCCGGCCAUAAUAAUUCUUACUAAGUUUACUGUAACUUGCCCAGUUUACUUAAAACAAUUAUACAAGAGAAGGCUUCAAUUUGUAGAAACUUCUGAAUUAAAAAAAAAUUAGGCUGUAAAACGUUCAGUCUCAGGAAAUUUUGUUUCUUAUUUUGUUAAAGGUAACUGAGCAAAAUAAAUAUUUGGAACUGACAGCUGCUAAUAACAGAACAAAUACCUUUUUUAACCAAUUGCUUAUUUGGGAGCCUAGCUUUAUGCUUUGCAAGUUUCUAAGCACCUUAUGGAGAUAGUGUGUUUACUAAGUUUGGUCACCAUAUCAAACUAAGAAUAUUCUAAUUACAGAUGUGCAACCUUGACACUGUGGUAUGUUAUGCAAUGAUUAGACCUGAAGUACAUAGGCCCUCCCUAUCGCAAAUUUCUGUUUCAGAUAACCACUGUCAACUCUAGGUUUAAUUGUAUGGUAGUUGUGCAGUGUACCAUUUCUAUCUAAUAUACUAAACAGUAAAAAUUCAGAUCAUUGUGGGAAAUGAGCAGUCCUAAGGAUCUGCACAGCUGAAGCGCAGGUGAGAUUCUGAAUUUAACUUCAAGAUGGUGUGGACGCUUCUCAUGUUGUCUUUUCAUUAUAGAAAUAUCAGUGAUUUUGGUGAUCUGAAAUCUAGCUUUUUGUUUACUUUUUCCUUUUUUUAAAUUCAGCACACUUUAGCAAAUAAUAUACAGCUUUUGACUUAAGUAUAGCUGGUCUAGACAUUUCUAAAUGUCUAGUUACAAAGCUGUAUGAAAUAAGUUUGGUUCUGUUUUUGGUUUUCAGUCAUAUUUAUACCUGAUGUAAAGGCACACACACCUGUUAACAAAAGUUUAUGUACACUAAAUCACAAAAAAAAUCUAUGACACAGAAUUUAAUAAAAUUACAUUUUCAGGGAAGUAAUUCAUUAAAUGCUAUAACUCAUAAAUACAGAAAAGAGAAGCAUCACAAGAUCAGUCCUAUCAGAAGCGUCAUGGACUGGCUUGUGAGAUUGUUUGCAAUGAUUGAUCUUUGUAAAACAUUGGGAGCUACUGAAAAUUGAUGUAUAACAGCUAAUUGGACAUUUUGUUUCAUUCAGAUGCAAUUUCUCACUUAAGUAAUAUUUUAAAAUUCUAUGAAAGUUUCAUUAUUUAGUGGUUAUACCAUCAUCUGACAUGCAAAAAUAAUUGGCAGACUUAAUAAUGUCCAAUGGCAAAUCUGUCAAGUGUCCUUUUUAGAAAAAAAAAGGACCUGUAAGAGAGUGCGGUGCAGAAUAUAACUAAUAAACAGCAUUAAAGACUUAAUCAGUUUAGCUACAGUAUAUGCUUAUAAACCAGACAGCAGUGAGCACAGGUGUAUAAUUGUACCUGCUAAUGCUGUGAGUAUGGUAUGAAUCAUCCUAAGCUAAUUUUAAACAGAGCAUUCUUUAUUGCUCUGACUCUUAAAGAUGGUAAUUGGCUUUUGUUUUAUUUUUAUUCCCAUACUAGUGCAGUUUGAUUGCCAGACAUGCAGUUGAUUUAAAAAUGUACUUGAAUUCGUGCAUGCUGCUGAAUUUUUAUUUGUUUUCCUAAGUUUUCUAAGACCCACUAUACAAAUUAAUAUUUUCAUGCAAAACAAGUGGUGUGUAAUUUGAGAUAGAAGUUGAGUGUUCACCAGUGUGUUACCCUGUAUGAAUGAAUGUUAAAUACAGUACAUUACUGUAAAAGCUGAACAUUUUCUGGCACAUUGAAAUUAAACUUUAGGAUUAAUCAAAAUAAGACUGUAAAAUAUGUUAAUAAAAAUCUGUAAAUCA